AUUUUAAGCUGUUACAUUCGUAUAAAUAAGACGGCGAUUCGCCCAGAGCCACUAUACCUGCAUUAAUUCCUGUAAAAUCGCGACUUUCACGAGUCGACAAAAAUGAUUCGUUUCUCACGAAUCCAUUUAAGUUUUUUACUUUUCAUUUGCUCGACAUGUUUGACAGCAGGCUUCUCUGUCGAGGAACAACUAACCCAGAUUAGAGAGAAUUAUGUGGAACUGAAAAAUAAUUUAGAGUCAAAGGUGGUUCAACUGGAGGCCAAAGUCGUUCAACUGGAAGAAAAAGUCCAGCAUCAAGAAUCACUUCUAAUUGCUUUACAGAGUCAACAACCAAUCAGCAGCAAAUCUGUUUCUGCUAUCAGUCAACCUUCUGGGAAAAUUUACGUCCUCAGGACCUGCAGAGAGACCCGAGCAGCCGAUCCUUCUUUAAGUUCCGGAAUGUACUGGGUCGAUCCAGACGGCCAAGGUGUGGGCGACGAUCCUAUUUACGUCUUUUGUAACAUGGCCACAGGUUCUACAGAAAUUUUACACGACACCGAAUCGAAGACUGACGUGGGAAACUGCGCUGAUCCUGGUUGUUAUUCAAAGGCCAUCAAGUACAACGCAACUAUGAGACAGAUUAUGGCAUUAGCUGAGUUGUCUAACGAAUGUCAUCAAUCGAUUAGAUACGAUUGCAUCAGCGCUCCGUUGGAGAUUAAUGGCAUCACAUAUUCCUGGUGGAACGAUAGAGAUGAAAAACCACAAUACUUUUGGUCAGGAAGUAACUCCAGCGUCCACACCUGCCAAUGCGGAUUGGAUGGAAAUUGUGUUGAAUCACCAGCCGUGACGUGUAACUGCGACUCCGGUCUACCUACACUGUUAGCUGAUAGUGGAGUUAUCACUGUCAAGAAUUUGCUGCCAAUCACGCGUUUGAACUUCGGUCGUACCAUAUUGGAUGUCUCUUCCGGCCAAUACACGCUGGGAAGGUUAGAAUGUAGCGGACACAUGGCCGUCACCGGAAUGCCAAAGUCCUGCGAAGAUUUGUGGAGGAUCGGACACACUUUAACUGGUUUAUAUUCAGUCAUGGGCACUGCAAUGGUGGAAAAUGUCUACUGUGACUUUACUAAACUUCCCAGCGAUGCGGGUUUCCAAAAAUGGAUGGGAUUCACUGACGUCCAAUCAGUGCCAACUUAUUUCUUGGUUACGAGUGGUUCAUUCAAUUCAUUAAAUAUUCCGAUCCCCUACACAACUGCAAAACUGAACAUAGGAGGGGCCAUGGAUAUGUCAUCGGGAAAAUUUACAGCCCCACGGACGGGAACUUAUUUUUUCUCCUCUACCACAUUGAUUGGCUUCCCAACCUCAUCUUCCUCUGUAGCUUAUUUAUAUUUAGGAAUUUUUUUGAACGGCAUUGAAAUCGGAAAGAGUUGGAAUGAUGAGGCCAACACAGUUGCUUCGCAAGAAGUUCCGGUAGUUCUACAAUCGACAGUAAAUUUGCAAGAGGGAGAUCAGGUAUGGUUGGAGAUUAUUGGGAUUUCAACAGGAGGUUUUAUACAUUCUGUAAAAUCUUUUACCGGUUGGCUUUUGCAAGAAAAUCUCUCCCAAUCGCUGUAGAAAGUCAGAGUGAAAGCAAAAAUGUUUGCUAAUUUACACUUCUUAAGUUCAAUCAAAUAAAGUUACAAUUCAUUUACACAUUCACCCUCCGUGUCAAACCCUGGCAGAUCCCUUGCCAAAUAAACGAUUAUCAUCAUCGACUACCCAGUAUUACGAAAAACA